UCUGUUGUAGCAUGAAGUUGUUCCUUUCUUACUUUCUGACAAAAAACUUAACAAUGAAUUGAUUUAUAUUAACUGACUUAUUCAUCUAUGUGUGAAGUAAUGUGUCGUCGCAGGCCAAGUAGUGUGUUACCCAGCAGCAGAGAGCUCAUUAUAAUAUCCUAAAGAGGAGUUCUCUCCACCACCUUGCGAGCACCAGUCAGGGAUCUCCGCCCCAGUCAUCUUGGGCUACAGCUCGGAGGCCGGAUGCGCCGCCAUGCCGACUCUAGCAGCGAAUGGAAUAAUUUAUUCACCAACCUGCCUGACACUGGCUGACUAGGAGUUGACUGAAGAAGUCGACAAGGCAGUUUGAGUAGCAGAGGAGCCUUUACGGUGCACACAGCAGCGCGGAAUAUCGGCGCCGUGAAUAGUUGCGUGUUGGCGCUGCUAACCGUCGCCGUAUCGCUAUAGGAACACUUGUGAGCUGCUAGCUGAGCUAACGUUAGCUCGAGUCGGCAGAGUGCGGGGUAGUGACAGUCCGGCCGGAGGCGGGGAGAGCUGCGAGACCCAGACACACUUCCAUGUCUUCAUCAGCUCUGGAAACCUAAAGAAAUGUCUAUUGAAGAGGAAUCCGCAAAAACUGGCAGCCCACGGGCCAGCUCAACAUCAUCUCUGCAGCUCUCAGAUUGUACUGGAGGUUACGGCAGUCUGUCCGUGAUGAUGGAGGGAACUGCAGCUACCCCUGACUUUGCAGCUGCUUGUCCUGUCCCGGGCACUGCAGCCUCACCAAAACACACCAGCACAACUGACGCACUAACCCUCCCUGACAGUGCUGGACCGAGAGCCAGAGGGCACGAGAAUAGCAUCAGUCGAAGGAACAGCUUUCAUCAUGCCAAACAGCAGCAAACAAAAUUAACAAAGCGGCGCAACACGGCAAACUCUAGUUUUAAGCAUCCGACAUCUGGCAAGAGGAGACGAAGGGCCAACUCUGAGAGUGACUCCGUCCUGCCUACCAACUUUCUCUUGGGUGGCAACAUUUUUGACCCACUGAAUCUUAACAGUCUGCUGGAUGAGGAUGUCAACAGAGCCCUGAAUGCAGAGACACCCAAAUCUUCCCCGCUGCCAGCGAAGAGUCGAGACCCUGUGGAGAUACUUAUCCCCAGAGACAUUACAGAUCCUCUGAACCUGAACAGCGGGAUAGCAGAUAGCAGCUUUUUGGUGUCCCCCUACAAGAGUGGUGGAAGGAAAAGACACCGCAACAGACACCAUGGAGGAGGAGGAGGUGGUGGUAGUGGGAUUUCAACACAGAUCAGCCUCUCAGAUUCAGGAAAAAGUGAGGCAAAAACUGGCACCUCCACACUGCCUUCAGGCAUGUUAGCCACAUGUUCUGCACUAGAUGUCUCCAAAGAGUCCAACAGUUUCUCCAGUGCCACAGAGGAUUCCCAUGAGCACACAGCUGACAACUCAGCCAGCUGCAAGGACGAGAUGACAUCUGUAUCGAUGGAGGAUUCCACGUCUUCCCUGUCAGGGGGACCAAACCAGCACACAAGCAGACGCAAGCGAAGGCGCAACUCAGGCAAAAUUGAGCCUCCUGUGACCCAUUCCACUCCCGUUGCAAAAUCAGGACCUGGAGACAGGAGUUGUGGUACGGGGGGCACAAAAAAUUCAUUUCACACACCAAGAAGUGGUCCCAAAUCAAGCAUGGGAUUUCGCCAGCACCAGCAGCCGUACAACCAGGCAAAGGUACCACAGAAGAAGUUCCAGUAUGGGAACUACAACAAGUAUUAUGGCUACCGCAACCCGGGCUGCAGUGAAGACCCACGUAUACGCGUGCUUCGUCCAGAGUGGUUUGAAGGUAAAGAUGUAUUGGACUUGGGAUGCAACUCGGGCCACCUUACACUCUAUAUUGCCAAAAUGCUAAGGCCUGCCCGCAUACUGGGCCUAGAUAUUGACAGUGGUCUGGUGAAUGCAGCUCGUAAGAACAUCAGACAUUAUCUGUCUGAGCUGCAGACCCAAGAGGCCAGGCGUGCGAUGCAGGGGAAAAAGACAACUAAACAGGAGGAGAGGAAUGGAAAUGAGAGUCACACAGGCACAGAAAAGAAGCACAAUGAAGCCGAGAGCAGGGAUGAAAAUGGAAAACCAGUGAAAGGAGAAAGUGGCCCUGCAGAGGCUGUAAAUGACAAUGACUCCUGUCACGUAGAUGAGACAGGGACCCAGAGGCAGGACACCAAAACAAAGAAAAUGGUGAAAGAAGAUUGUGAUUCACCCCCUGCUGAUCACUCUGUGAGCUGCUCUUUUCCUGUGUCCCUACGGAUCUCCAGGGGGCCCAUCGCUGCACCACCACUAACAGAAACAUCCAGCACACAGCCUGGGGUGUUCCCCUCAAAUGUGUCUUUCAUCAAGGCCAAUUACGUUCUGGAGAGCGAUAAUCUUCUUGUGACUCAGCGGCCCGAGUACGAUGUGAUCCUGUGCCUGAGCGUUACCAAAUGGGUUCACCUGAACUGGGGGGACAGUGGCCUCAAGCGUCUUUUCAAGAGAGUCUACAGACACCUCCGUCCUGGAGGCAUGUUCAUCUUGGAGCCGCAGCCCUGGGAGUCCUACGUGAGGAGAAAGAAGCUGACUGAUAAUAUUAGCAGGAAUUAUCACAGCAUCUGCCUCAAACCUGACCAGUUCUCAUCAUUUCUCACGACUGAGGUGGGCUUCACCAGUUUUGAGUCCCUCGGGGCCCCCAAGUGUUCAGUAAGAGGUUUUCAGAGGCCAAUCUAUGUAUUUCACAAAUGACCGCCCCUGCCUUGAACAUCAUUGAAUGUGAGUAGCCUAAGCCACCACCAUACAUUCAAGCCAGCCAGCUGCACUGGACUGCAAGGAAUCGACCGAAUCCUUAACAGUUACUCCAGCUUUUGAUGCUGAAGAGGAAAAUGAGAGAGCAAAAUGGGACCAAAAGUGGAAUUAAUUUUGUAAAAGAUGAGCUCUGUUGAGAAGAGGUACCUAUCAGAAUCCUCAGUGACUGCAAAUUCUUAACAAGGUAUGGAGUGAACUCAGAUACAGCUCCGCAAUGUUUAACCUGGAGCCAGAAAUCCUAGUUUGGCCGGACUGUGGGAGCGGUACUCAUCUCAUCCUUUCUUUGGACUAUCCUAUUGCUAAUGAUGCCAGUUUGAUGCACGGCCAUUACUUGUGUUUGAAGAUCUUUGGCCAUAUAUCUUUACUUUCAUGACGUAGUUCUGUGCCACCACAUCACCACACGUUAUACAUGUUAGGGUUGGGCGAUAGGGCAGACUUAUCCAGCUGGUUGCCAUUAGAAUAGAAUAGAAACACUUUAUUCAUCCCUGAAGGGAAAUUCAGUUUACUAGUUUCAAUUAUUAGUUUAACAGGAAACAGAUGUUCUAAGUGUCAACUGCAAAGCUACAUUAUACCACUGGAUUACAAAGCCAUGAAACCCAUAUUAAAAACAAACCUUUUUAAAAGCCACACUGAAGUCCAGGUAAUGUUUUAUGCUGUGCAGGCUUUUGGUCAAUUAAGCCCCAUACUGGCAGUUUCAUCGCAAGUCCUGAUGGCAUAGAAAUGCACCUUAAUGCUUAAAAUAUCUGCAUAAUGCUUGAAGCCUUUAAUGCUGUUGCAGCAGGCAUAUAAACACACGCAUUUUGUUGAAUUUGAAACAGCCGAACAAAGUCAAUCAGUCACGGAGUCAUUGUAACACUAAUAGCUGAUGCAUUUGUCCCAUUUUCCAACCCUAAUGUGUGUCUUGUUUUUGUUUAUUAUUUUGCAAAAUAUCCCUGUGAGCUGAAUUAACUUCAAUCUGUUACAAAGCUGUCAAAUGUCUAACAAUUCAUUUUGAAGUGGACAUUAUGAGAAGCUCCUAAAUGACACAAAGACCUUAAGAAGUGACAACUGGCUUGUCUAAGUGUCAAAGACGGUGAUGCACAAUGAAAAAAUCGCUCUGAACAGCCACAGCGACAAACAUUGACUUAAAUAGUGAAUGUUUAGUUCACAGUGAAAAUGUUUUUGAAGGUGUUGUCCGUUUUGUUUCUGCCAGUCUGCACCUUAAAGUCUGUCCUCAUGAAGGACAAUGCAGUCGUCAAACAAUAGUUUUAUUACACUUGUUGUCAUUUCGGCACAGAGACCGUAUUUAGUGCUUACAUGGUACCUCAUACCCAAAAAAUCCCAACAUAUCUACAUUUUCAGAUGAAGAGUUUGGGAUAUUCAGAGUGUGAAGCGUCUACAAAGCCACAUGUGGACCAAUUAGGAAGCAACAAGUCACUUCAAAGGUUCUUGAAGAUUUUUUUUAGUGCUCCAUCUUAAUGUUUGGAAGCACAUUAUAGCUGCGGCGGCGUCCACUCAGCUCAGCUCCAGAUAAUUCAGCACAGCGACCACAAGGACUAUUUUGCAAAGUUGAUCUGUAGCAUGCAGUGAUCUGUUUUUUUACAGUUAAGCCAUAGCCCUACCUUAUGUGUUGUUUCUGAUGUCCUUCAUGAGAUGCCGACUGGAAAUAUAACGGAGUGUCAAAUUUGAGGCAGAGACCUGUUGUUAGAGUUCAUGCAGCGUCUUCAGAGCUGUAUGAAUUGAACACCUGCACGACUGGUCUGGACAGGCUCAGAUUGAAACAGCAUCACUUGCAGCGUUUUUCAAGUUACUCUUUAAAAGCUAAUGAAAAACAUACAUUUGUAGAAGAUUGAUGGGUUUUUUUUCAAACAAAUUUGAAUAUGAAAAUGCUGUUUGUAUUGAAGCGCUGCCAGAAUAUUUCAUGGGUCUCUGUUUGACAAAUUAUUGCCAUGACUGUCUCAGUCUUUGACCCAUUGAGGACAGUUAUGAGUUACAGGUAGUCAGUCUGUGAUUAUAUCUUGACUGUUUUGCACUGAGUACCACUCAUCUACGUUUCAUUCUAAGUGGCUUGGACAAAAGAAAGUCUUUUUUUGACUGGUUCAAUUUUAGCAUUUGGCAUACUAGGGCAAGCGAAGAUGGAUGAUAUAUGUUCUAUUUUAGUAAGUGAUCAAUGUAAAUAAGUUUGCAAAUUUUGUGUUAUGGUUGACAAUUUUAAGUUUGUCACUGCUUUUGUCAUUUUCCAGUGGGGUUUUAUUUGUUUGUUUUCAAAUGUUUGCUGCCAAUUUACCAGGUAGUCACAGGUCUUUUUGUCCUGAAACAGAUCUGUAAUCCAGCUUUGUGACGACACACGAGUAUGUACAUUGCAAAGUUCUGAUGUUUUUGCUUUGUUCUGUCCUGGCAGGCACAUGGAUUGUUAGUUUAGUGCUUUAUUUUACUUUCUUUUUUUUUUUUUUUUUUUUAUAAAUCGUUUGAAAGGAGUGUUGGUGUCGAUGCACUCUCAUUUCACUUCAUUUGACACGUUGUAGACUUUUUAAAAUGAUUUAGAACAGGAACAAUUUAGUUUUUUUUUUCCAUCAAAUUUUUUCUAACAACUUGUAAAACAGUGAUUAAGCUAUAAAAUGAAGCUACAGGUUAUAUUUUGAAUUUAAAGUAAAUUGGCCUCAAGUUCAGACACGGCACCAAAUCGUACCUUUCACCUAAGCUAAGACAAUCGGAUUCUCAGGCUUAGAUCAGCCCGCUGCUGUAAUUUUAAGGGCAUUUCGUUUUUUUUUUGCAUUGUUAACAAAUGUUUUCUUUCAUACGGUCGUCGUUUUAUUUGAGAAACCAGCUGUUUAACGCUAAUUUGUGCUUUGCCGCCGAUGUUAAAGAUUGCACCUUACUGUGUCAGCAGCAGCGGUAUCUUACAGAUUUUAACCCAUUCUGCCUGACUCGUAAGUCCAGGUGUCCAAGCUAAAGCAUGUCUUUGCUGGAGAUGUGAAAUUACAUGUUGUAAUAUACAGUGCUGUGUCAACUUUCUGUGCUCCCCUUGUGGUUAUGCACAAGUCGUGUGUAGUCGGUGCGACAUGAAAUGAAAUUACAUGAAAAAAAAUGGGUAAAAGAGAAAUACCACCCUUGAUUUUGACAGGGUGUAAUGUUUCAAAAUGCUCAGAUCUCCUAUUCAGGUUGUAGUCGUGUGCAGUGCAGUUUCAUGAAAUUUGUCCCUUGUGCUGACAAAAAUUGGUGAAACUAUUGGCUGCAUUAAAAUGAAGAAAACCUUAGUGUGGUUUUGAAUGUUAAAAGCUACAGGAUCCAGAUUUUCAUGUUGCAAAAAAUAUUUAAAAAGUAAAUAAAAUAGUUCGACCCGCACUAUAAGAACAUUUUAUUGCAUUUAUUAAUGAUUUUUUUUGCUAUAAAUAAAUAGAUGAAUAAUUAUUCAUGAUUUUUUUUGUCUUUACAACUUAAAGACAAGGGAUCUUUUGUCUUCAUGUUGUAAAUUCCAGGUCAUACAUGUGAUCUCAGUUUAUUUUGCUGGAAUGAAGAGAUGUUCUGAGGUUUAUUUAACAAAUUCAUGCAAAAAAAUGGAUUAAUUCUGCCUUGUGCAACACACCUGUAGAAGUCACAGAACUCCUUCUAUACCGAAACGUUUUGUCUUUGCAGUGCAGUUUUCAGAGGUACAGAAUAUUUCCAUCCUUUGGCUACAACCUGAUUAGAGGAUUUGAGCGAUUAAGUGUUUGUCAGAAAUGCAAUAAAGCUUCAACAAAGCAGCUAUAGUUAAUAUUGCAUUCCAUAUUUUACAUAAAGCUGCGUAUAGUUAAACUGAAACUAUCUUUGGAGCACAACAAAUGCAUAAACCCAGGGGGUGCGUGAUUGUUAGCAGCACUAAAAUUCAUCUCUUCAUGUUGAAUUUGCACUGAUAUGAAACAUGGGGAUUAAACUAGUUUAGUACAUUUUUGCAGCUGAAGUUGAUGUUUUUCAUGUACCUUAACUUUCCUAGAGUCAGGUUUCUGGAAAAAAAAACAUCUGUUUAAUAACCCCGCCCAGCUCACUCGUCAGGGAAGCUUUUAAUUUUCAUGCCUCUGAACAACAAGAUUAUCUGAAUGUUUCUCUGUGUUUAUCAUUUUCAUUGAUUAAAACUGGUUCCAGA